AUGGAAAUCAACUUUCCCAAUCCAGGUUCGAAUCUUCUCCUGGAUGAUGCCGGACCGAAAGUACCCAAAGAUGUUGAGGAGAGAACGGGAGCUAUAUGGUCCGUCUUGGCCCAGCUACAAGCUGAUUUUCGAUUGAUUGCUGAGAGAGCAAGAAGAGUGGUUUUACCACUACGUAGUCGACCUUGCUGUUGUGGGGACUUCCAGCAGCAGAGUUAG